AUGGAGGUCGUGGGCUGCUUCGACAGCACGGGCGAGGAGGCCGCCGGCCUCGGGCUGGAGCUGCCGGCCGAGGCCGCGGCGGCGGAGCCCCUGCGCUUCUUCGUGAUGGAGAGGCUCAGUGGACAAUCGCUCGCCGAUCGCAUCCUGGACUCCAAGGGGCUCCCUGAGGAGGAGGCCAAGGAGGUCACCAGGGCGCUGUGCAAGGGCCUCGCGUGGCUGCACGAGCAGGGGAUUGCCCACAGAGAUGUCAAGCCCGCCAACGUGCUCUUCGGCCGCAGCGACGCCGCCGCAGCGCCGGGCGGACACCUGGACGAUGAGGCCCCGCAGACGGGGGCGCCGCCGAAGCUCAUCGACCUGUCGCACGCGGGG